UUAAUUUUUGAUGUUAAAUGUUGGUCGCAAAUUUCGAUAGAAGAACAAGAUAUAAAACUUAAUACGGAAGGAAACUCCUCAACGGAAUUGUCCGGUCCCCCAGAUUCACACGAGGCUAUGAACAAUCGGGAUUUAAGCUCAAAGCAAUCAAAAAGUUAUCGAGAAAAGCGAAGUUAUGAAUUUCUUAUGGGUCUCAUAAACAACAAUUCAAGAUUCGAAGUUACAAACGUCGACAUGCCAGCACCUAAUGAUAGGAAAAAGAAUCAGAUUGUGAAAAAUCAAGCCUUAUUGGAAUUGAUGAUUAAAAUCGCCGCCGAUCCAGAACAAUGGGAAAAGGUUCACAGAUUAUUGCGGAAGAUUGAUAAUGAUCUUAUUACCUCAAAGAAGUUGUUCGACAGCAUACAAAACUCAAUCGAGGAUAUUAAUAACUUUUCAUCUGUCGCACAACCAAUGACAAACGAAAAUUCAAGCAAACGCGGCAAUGAGGAUUUGGAAAGGUCCAAUAAAUCGGCUGCACACACGACGGACAAAAGGCAAGGGGAAAUUGUGACAAACACUACAAACGACAACAGUACGAUAGAACUGCAUAAAAUGGUGGUCAUUCUGAAUGGAGAUAAACAAAGACCAACUCCUAAUAAAGCCGAGGAAGCACUAAAAACUAACAAAUGGCCAGACUUUGAGACGGAAGGCAAACUAGUAUACAAACCCAAUGACGACUUAGGGCACCAAAACGUAGACAGCUCUAGAUACAAUUGGCAGUCAGGUGGUAACUCGGGAAGCAAAUCAUAUCCUCGAAAUUUUGCAUAUCAUAGGGUUACUGGAAAUCCCCUCUAUCACUCAAACCUCGACAAGAAUCCCAAAGCAUACAUUGCAGUUUCUGUAAUAGCACCAAAACCCCUUCGGCCAGCAUUACAAGAUGACAUAAUUUUAGAGAACGAAUUGAGACAAUUAAAACCAUGGAAUAGUAAUAAGGGCUAUAAAACUAUGGCCGCCGGAAGAUCCAGAUGGAUUGCGUCGCCUGAGAACAAUAACUCACGAUAUCACCUUAAAUAAUGUAAACGAUAGAUUUUAUAAAAAGAACCACAAAUCUAUUACCUACUGAAUUGAAUCGUUUGGGUUCAAAACAGUACAUCUGCAUAAAAUUGUUAACUUGUUGAGUGAACCUUUGGUAGUUGUAGCACGUUUCACACAGAUGCAUACAGUUUUGAAUCCAAACGAAAUUAUUAUUAAAGCACCUUUACUGAUUAGUUAAUUGUACAAUACUAACUAAAAAAUGAAAUUAUUAUUAUAGUUAUGUAUACUAACCUAUAUGUUAUUUACUUGUAUCUAAAUAAAAUAAUUUUUAAAUUU